UGACGGACACCUACAUUGGAAAUUACAAUCCUAAAAAUAACAGAGCUACUUUAGUCCACCAUGGCCGACGAGCAACUCCCAGACUCUAACUACCUCCUGCCCUACGACGACGGUGAAGUUAAGCGUCUUCACCUUCAACAUGACCUCCUCGAAACAUACAUGGGCAGCUUGAUUCUGGCCCCAAUCAACCGGGAGCAGAAAGGCCUGAAGAUUCUCGACAGCGCAACCUUUGAUGGUUACUGGCUCGAAGAGGCAGCCAAGCUGGUCAACGCGCCGGUCCUAGUCGGCACCGACAUCUCCCCAGCCAUGUUCCCGCCAGCAUCGGCCAACGGACCGAGCUACCAUGUGCAGUCGGUGUCCGAGCCAUGGCCAGAGGCCUGGAAGGGCACGUUCGACCUUGUGCACCAGAGGCUGGUGCUGGCGGGCACAACCCCAGAAAUCGGGCAGAACGCCGUCAAGGCUCUCAUUGAGCUCGCAAAGCCCGGCACCGGCUGGGUGCAGCUCGUGGAGGGAGCCCUCGAGCAUCUCACUGAAGAACAGAAGCCCAAGUACCCUGCGCUGCACAGAUUCCAGACGCUGGUAGCACGCAUGCUCCCAGGAUUGGGCUGGAACCAGAGAGUGGGCCUCCAGGUUCGAGGCUGGAUGGAGGCGGAGGGCCUCCAGGACGUCUCAGAGAAAAUCAUGGAGAUUCCAGUCGGGGCGGGCAAUACGGACCGCCGUUUGGGUGACUUGGCCAAGCAGAAUUUACUCACGGUAGUGGAGCACUUCACGCAGGCUUCAAAGGAUCUACCUGCCGACUCAGAUAUCAAGGCCGAGGAUUUUGAAGCCGUGCUACGAGACCUCAAAGUAGAGGUCGAUACGGUCGGCAGCCUUUUGAGAUUCAAUUCUGUUUGGGGUCGCAGGGCUUAGUGACAGCAGACAUGCAAAUGAAUCGUUGAGUGUGGAAGCAUUUUCUGCUGCAAGAUUGAAGUUUGGUACACAGAUAUCAGAGUAGACAGCAUUUAACUGAUUUGGAGCCAUGGCCACUCCAUCUUUUACGACUGAGUGCUCUUCCAAGGCUCGCACAUAUAUAGGGACGGCUUAUCAGGCUACCUUCCUAGCUUAACAAGCUACCACAAAAUUGGGUCCUGUGGCGGUGCGACUUGUAGCUCGUUGUUACUUGAGGGCUAUGACCGAUGUCGCUUAUUCUUAGCGUUUUACAUAGAAAAUAAGACAUUGUAAAUCCCUCAUUAGU